AAGUCUAGUUCUGUCCAGUUAUUCAUAGUAUUUUGAAAGUGGAAAUAUUUUCAAACUUACAUUUCAUAUCCUCCUCCUAUAUAAGAGAUCUAUCAAAUACAUCAUCAAUCCCCAAACUCUCUAUUUAAAGCUUUUUUUUACAACUAUCAAGAGCUGCAAACCACACUUGAAAAAAAGAUAAAUGGAAGCAACCACAAUGACCCAUGUGCCGACCAAUAACACCAGCAUUCAUGGACCGGUAGUAGAAGAAGUGAAGGGCCUUAUCAGAGUCUACAAAGACGGACACGUGGAACGAUCUCAGUUCGUGCCGUGUGUGGACCCCUCACUACCCCUCGAGCUUGGUGUGACUUGCUCUGAUGUUCACAUAGACAAGUCGACAAACGUAUGGGCACGUCUCUAUGUCCCAAAAACAGUGAACAAGUCCUCGUCGGUCUCUAGGCUCCCUUUGAUUGUGUACUUCCACGGUGGAGGUUUCUGCGCCGGCUCGGCUUCUUGGUCGUGUUACCACCAGUACUUGGCCCGGUUGUCCGCAAAAUCACGGUGUCUGGUCAUGCAUGUAAACUACCGUUUAGCCCCUGAAGAUCUUCUCCCCGCCGCAUACGAAGACGGAGUCAAUGCCAUUCUUUGGCUCAAGAAAACAAGAAACGAUAACUUGUGGUCCAAGCUAUGUGACUUCGGCAGCAUAUUCUUAGCCGGAGACAGCGCCGGAGGCAACAUCGCUAACCAUGUCGCCGCGAGAUUAGCAGCAGACGCCGACGAGGCUCUUAUAAAGCCACUGAGGAUAGAAGGAACGAUCUUGAUCCAGCCUUUCUUCGGCGGGGAGGACCGUACCGAGAGCGAGAGGCGCGUGGAGAACAACACGGAGAGCUCAGUACUGACGCUUGCGUCUUCGGACACGUGGUGGAGGCUGGCUUUGCCACGUGACGCGAGCAGAGAGCAUCCGUAUUGUAAACCGGUGACGAUCAAGAAGACAAGGACGCUGGUGUGCGUGGCGGAGAUGGAUGUGCUGAUGGAUAGGGCGAUGGAGAUGUGCGAUAGUGGUGAUGAAAAAAUGAUCAAGCGCGUGGUGUACGAAGGCGUUGGCCAUGCGUUUCAGAUUCUUGAUGAGUCUCCGCUUGCUCAAACGAUGGCUCUUCAAAUGUUGUGCGACAUAGACGCUUUCAUCCACCACUCUUAAUGAUCCUUUUAAUUAGUUAUGUAUUUGUAUACACUUUAUAAGUUAGCUUGCAUCUUAAAUACUAAAACUCGAUAAAAACCUGCUUAACUGCGUUCUGCAGGAUAAAGCUUUAUAAAAUAAAGUCGAUAACAAUCUAUUAUUUAUUUGUAACAUUGGAUUUUAAAAUUAUACCAAAAAUUAUAAAGAUGAAAUAAAAACUAAGAUU